CUCUGCCGCCGGCUCCGCAGGCUUGAGACUCCCUCUCGGGCGGGGGGUGUAAAAUUCCAGGAGAAGCCGGUCCGCACCCCACACGCCGCGUAUCUCCCCCCCCCCUCCCCGCGACGGUUGAGAACGCCGCAGGCACCCAUCCGUGGGUGAGGAGGCAAGGGGCUCUCCCCUCCCUGCAGACGGGCCCCGCAGCAGCUGUCUGAGCGGGAGGAGGUGAUGCUUUGCGGAGGGGGCGCCCAUCCACCGCUGACCGUGCCGGCGUGGGCGGGAGGCUCCGCGGGAACGCGUGCACUGGCAUGGGCGCCGCUUUCUCCCUCCCUCCGUGUGCAGGCUCCUUUGUGCUGCCUGCAGCGGGGAGGAGAAAGCGCAGCCCCCACCCUUCCUCCUCCUCCUCCACGGGGCGUCCUACCGCGAGUGGGCCGGCGGGGCAUCGCCGCUUUAAGCGGUAGGGCCACGCCGGGGGAGGGGGGCGGGCCGGGCGCGCCCCCCCGGCUCCCCCGCGUGGUGCGGGUGCCCGCGCCCGUUCCUCCCGGCUGCCGGCGGAGUGGGUCGCACAGCCUGCGGGACUGCCGCCGGGGCUGCCCGGGCUCGCCUGCUGCCGCUCCCCGGGGUGGUCCGGCCCCGGUCCGGCCAUGCACCAGCGCCGCCCCGAGCGGCCGAGUGGCGGGGCUGCACCGCCGCCGCCACCCGCAGCAGCGGCGUGAAGCGGCGGGAGGAUGAAGAGGGUGAGGCGGAGCGCGCGGGGCCCCCUGCCCGCCCUGGGGCUGCUGCUUCUGGGCGCUUUGCCGGGGCUCUGGACGGUGCUGCUGCGGCGGGAGGCGGCGCCGGAGGAACCGGGAGCGGAGCCGCCCGGGGAGGCGCCCCCGGGGCGGUGGGGCUGGGGGCGCUCCCCGGCGGAGCGGGUCGAGCCCGGCGGAGGGCAGAAAACUUUCCGGGCGCUGCUGGCGGUGCCGUCGGCGGGCCGGGAGGAGCGGGGCGGCGAAGGGCGGAUCGGUGCGACCGCCUCGCCGCCGCCCUCCUCCUUCUCCUCCUCCUCCCCGGUGGAGCGGGGCAUCUUCUGGAGCCGUGACCUGGAGGAGCAGGUGCCGCCGGGGUUCGGCGCGGAGGAGGCGGCGGCGUGGCUCUCGGCCGCCCGCGCCGCCCGUGUGGCCUCGCUGGAGCGGGGCGGUUGCGGGCGCAGCUCCAACCGGCUGGCGCGGCUGUCGGACGGGAGCCGCGCCUGCGUCCGCUACGGCAUCAAUCCGGAGCAGAUCCAAGGCGAGGCGCUCUCCUACCACCUGGCCGGAGUGCUGGGCAUGCAGGAGCGGCUGCCGCCCAUGGCCCUCGCCCUGGUGGAGGCCCGCGGGCGGCAAUGGGAGCCGGUGCGGGAGGAGCUGCGGGGGUCGCACUGGGCCGAGGGCGCCGUGGUCAGCCUGACCCGGUGGGUGGACAACCUCACGGCCGUGGUGGCCCCCGCGCCCUGGGGCGGCGAGGCGGGCGGCGGGCGGCGGCUCCAGCCGCUGUCGGCCCGGGAGCUGGGCGCCCUGCCGCCGUCGCAGCUGGUGGAGCUGGUGCAGUGGAGCGACCUGAUCCUCUUCGACUACCUGACGGCCAACUUCGACCGCCUGGUCAGCAACCUCUUCAGCCUGCAGUGGGACCCGCGGGUGAUGCGCCGCGCCACCAGCAACCUGCUCCGCGCCCCCGACGGCGGGCUCGUCUUCAUGGACAACGAGGCGGGGCUGGUGCACGGCUACCGCCUCCUCGCCAUGUGGGACCCCUACAACGAGCCGCUGCUCCGCUCCGUUUGCGUUUUCCGCGAAGGCACGGCCCGGCGGGUGGCCGAGCUCCACCGCCGCCGCAGCGCCGCCGCCGAGCUCCGCCGCCGCUACCGGGCGCGGGAGCCGCUCUGGGCUCGCCUCGGCUUCCUCUCGGAGCGGCAGGCCGAGCUGCUGCAGGCCCGCGUCGACUUCGUGCACCGGCACAUCGCGCACUGCCGCGCCCAGGCCGCCGUGCGCUGACCGCCCCGCGGCGGGCGGGGGUCCCGGCCGCCCGCGCCGCCCCGGCUCCCGGCUCCCCUCCGAGCGGACGGGCCACCCGCCUGCCGGGGCUGCCGGGAGGAGCGCCUACUUCGCCUUUGUCGAGGUCUCGGAAGCUGCAGAGCGCCGUGGGUGUCAUCCGAGCCGCGUUCCGCUCCGGGCUCUGCUCCCAGGGCUUGGGAAAAUGAGAGGAUUCGGCACCGCGAGCGCUUUCCUUAACUCUCGCCCUCGGAAAGAGACCCUGCAGGAAAGCUGUCGUCUUUGUCUGGAUUGGGGUCGACUACCUUCUCCUUCCAAAGGAGGCAGGCAGAAACAUUUUUUUAUAUAUUCUUCCUUUUGCAACAGCCUAUUUAAGUAUGAACGUUUAUAUUCAUAGACCAAGAACUGAUUGCACAGCAGGGGAGCCCCCAACUAGCAAACCCGCCCUAUUUAUGAAGCUUGUUUCUUACCGACCGUCUUUAAUAAGAGUGAAUCUUUCCACUGGUUGUUAAACUUUGUCGAUGAGAAGUGUAUAGGAAGCCCAUGUUCCCUUAGCUCUUAGUCUUUGCCGUGGCUGCGUCUGGUUCAACUGUUUUGAUUCUUAAGGGUCUGUUUGUAAUCAUCACCAUCGCCGCUUCAGCUGCUCAGUAAAGUGACUGACUAAUGGGUGACACGAGAGGAUCUCCCAGGUUUUAAACACGUUGCUGUGUGCUAAGACUUUGAUGCAAUAGUUAAAGUGGAGGAAAAACUGUUUCAUGCACUUUACUUUGACUUUUUAAUUUUUUUAUAAAAGAAGACCUUUUUAUUUUACAAAGUCUGCCUUUUAUGUACAUUCUAUAUGUUCAUAAGCUUUUCUGUAACAUACUAAAGAAACUGAUAUUUCAGUAAAGUGUGGUAAUGUUUUGC